GAAAGGGGGCUGGGUGCGAGGUAACAUGGUGGUUUGGUUAUCGCCUAUCAGUCAUAGACAGAAGAAGGUUGGAGUGACUGAACGCUUGAGUGGUCGGCUUUUUAUUUUCAUUUUUCCUUUGAUUUUGUGCUUUCGUUUGUCUUCAAAAUGGAGAUGGAGAAGAGGAUCAGUUUGGAGUUGAGGAACAAGACCCCAGCCGAGGUGGCUGAGCUGGUGGUGGACAACUGUCGGUCCAGUGAUGGAGAGGUGGAAGGGCUGUCAGAUGACUACAAGGAGCUGGAGUUCCUCAGCAUGGUCAACGUGGGGCUCACCUCCCUGGCUAAGCUGCCCUCCCUGCCAAAACUGCUCAAGCUGGAGAUCAGUGAUAACAUGAUCGUUGGAGGUCUGGACCAGCUGUCUGAGAAGUGUCCCAACCUGACGUAUCUCAACCUGAGCGGCAACAAGAUCAAGGAGCUCAGCACUGUGAAGCCUCUGAAAAACCUGAAGAACCUGAAGAGUCUGGACCUGUACAGCUGUGAGAUCACCACUCUGGAGGACUACAGGGAGAGUGUCUUUGAGCUGCUGCCCCAGGUCACCUUCCUGGACGGCUAUGACCACGAAGACAACGAGGUGCCAGACUCCGAGGCUGACGAUGAUGACAACGAGGGGCUAGACUCAGAGGCGGAUGAUGAUGACGAGCACACAGCUGGCCCCACCAGAGAUGGGGAUGACGACGACGAUGAUGAGGGUUCCGAGGGCGAAGAGGUGGGACUGUCCUACCUGAUGAAGGAUGGCAUUCAGGAUGAGGAAGAUGAUGAUGACUAUGUUGAAGAGGAGGAGGAAGAGGAUGGAGUAGGAGUCCAGGGAGAGAAAAGGAAGAGGGACGCAGAGGACGAGGGAGAUGACAGCGAUGGGGAUGACGACUAGCCCCUCCUGUAACAGAGCAUGGGAUCACAACUAGGCUAGAACAACAGGAACAGGAAAUAGUUUGUGAAUUAUUUUUUUUGUAUACCAUAUAUUACUGUAGAAUCUAAAUGUUUAAUUUGUUUUGUAAAUGUUCCAUACAAAAAGAAAAGCGGGUUGGAAUUAUAAAAUGGAAUGUGGUUUUGAAACAUGACAUGUGGGUAGGGGCUAUAGCAUUCAGACAAGGUGAUGUUUAACUCUGAGAAGUUGUAGUGGCCCAUUUCAAGUCUAUCUUGUUGUGAUUGUCUCCUAUGCCAUGUUCUCCCAAGACUUUAGUUGUCAAGCGAAAGAUCCAUGUGCUGUCUGGUUGGCUCAUAGUAAGGUUUAUAUGGGAGGAGCUAUAGGAGGACAGGCUCAUUGUUAUGGCUUAAAAUGUAACAUUUAUUUAACUAGGCAAGUCAGUUAAGAACAAAUACUUAUUUACAAUGACGGCCAACCCCUAACCCGGACAAUGCUGGGCCAAUUGUGCGCCGCCCUAUGGGACUCCCAAUUAUAGUCGGUUGUGAUACAUUUACAUUUAAGUCAUUUAGCAGACGCUCUUAUCCAGAGCGACUUACAAAUUGGUGAAUUCACCUUCUGACAUCCAGUGGAACAGCCACUUUACAAUAGUGAUACAGCCUGGAAUUGAACCACGGUCUGUAGUUACGACUCUAGCACUGAGAUGCAGUGCCUUAGACCUCUGCCACUCGGGUAUCAACCACAUCAAACAUACGGAAACCACACGUUUGACUCGGUUCCAUUCCAGCCAUUACAAUCCUCCUGUAGCUCCUCCCACCAGCCUCCACUGGUUUACACGUGGCCAACGGGUACUGUUUAGCAGUGACCCGGGCAAAAAGGAACCUUAGUGAGUCGUUAGCCCCUCCUAUCUGUUCGCCUACACUAUAUGUACCCUACCUGCGCUGUAUUGUAGGGAUUGCUGACUGUUUCCUAAGUACUUUGUUUAGGGCCUGGGAUUUGAUACCUUUAAAGUUUGUCCGAUCGCAGUGUCAUCAAUUCACUUUUAAUUCCGCAAACAGCCGAUUUGUAAGUUUUAUUUUUUUAAUGUAUUGUGCUAGGGCUGCAGAUGACUCUGGGUGAUGUAGUUUUCACAUCUCUGGGUAAUGUAGUUUUCAGGUCUCUUACUCUAGCUCUGAUCGUCAUCAAAGAAGCCCUAGAGGUGGGUUUAAAGAGCUAAUUCGUAUUCAGGCUACACAGAGGUAAUUUUGGACCAGUUUAGUCACAUUCUAAAGCUCAGGUGGACCCAAUCUCUCAGAAGGACCUGGUGAUAAGCAGGAACACAGUUAAUGGUCUCUUCUGUCCUGAAUCCAACUUGGUACCCUGGACUUGUGUCAUAUCCCAAUGAGAGAACUUUUGUCUCCUUUUUGUUUCUGUUUGGAGUUUUAUGGUUUUACUGUGCAAGGAUUUUAAACUUGUAUGACUAUGUAAAUAGACCUUUUAUCUUUUCUGUGUAGUAUUUGCUUGUUUUUUUGUUUUUUUUUAACAUGCAAUAUCUGUCCUUUUUUUUAUUUUAUUUUUAAUAAACACAAAGCACAUGUCAGGAUGUAAAGCUUCAGUCCCCGACGCUCAACAUUGGUUUAUUUUUUUGGCCUCAGCUGUUGAGAAAGUCAUGUUUUGGAAUUUAUGUUAAUUAAUCUUCUGAAGUGUUUUUAAAUAAAAAAAUAAAUUCUGUUAAUUCUUAUGUUAA